AUGUCCACUCUGGCAGCGGGUGUCCCCUUCGACUUCACCUUCCCACCAUGCGAUCCCACUACCCCUCCGAGUUUCACCUUUGAUCCGUCUCUCCUUGAGAUCCCGUACAACCUUGGCCACGCUCGUUCCCACUCGCAUGGAUCCGUCUACUCCUUCGAGUCGUCGCCCUCUAACUCGAUCACCGCCCCCAGCACCCGUCGGACCACUCCGGCGCGGUCUCCCAUCCGGACUCAUGGGCCGUUGCUCCUCCCCAAGAUCCGCAGCCAAGACCAGACGAUCAUCCCCUCCGCCAUUGCUCCCCGGGGAACGAAGCGUGCCAGGACCUCUCCGGCGCCGGAUCGUCCGAACAAGAGUGCCUACCGCCCGACGCACACUCGUAGCCACACCAACCCGGAGACCAUCUCAUACUCGACUGCUCUCUCGUUCGCCGAGGACAGCAAUCCGGCGCCUUUGCUCUGCUCCCCCGUCAGCUUCGCCCCUGAAUCAUCCGUGAUGCACUCCCGCCGGGCAUCCUCAUGUAGCCUUGACAACGUCACCGUUGACAACUACUUCCCGGCUUACCAAAUGCCCGCCUACGUGCCGGCCCGGGCCAGCAGUAGCCCCACUCCUCCGCCGCAUCCCCAAGCCCUGCCCCAGCCGGAGCCGUUCCUCUACCAGCAGUUUGUGCCGCGUGCUACUUCGCCAUUGGCCGCCGCCGCCCCGAUCAUGCCUGAGGCCGCCCCGACCACAACCCUCUAUUCCUACCUGACCUCGCCCAACCCCGCCCCGUCACUCGUCCGCAGCCUCUCCUUCCCGCUCCGCGACCCCCACACCAAGCACUUCUGGUGGGACGUCCGGCAGGUCCGCCCCUGGACCAACUUCACCGCCGCCUCCAUCCUCUCCUUCCCCGGCGCCUCCGCCUGCCUCUCGACACCCAUCUCUCCCGCUCUCCUCCCGAUCCCUACCACCACCCAGCGGCACCCAGAAACCGAAUCGGCCCUGCACGCCAUAUACGCAGCACACUACCUCCCCAAGCUUAACGCCGCCCUGGCCCUCUGCUCCCAGCGCCCACUCAAGCUGACCGUCCCGCCCAAGACCACGACGUCAUCGUCAGCCAGCCUGGGCAUGGCCACCGACUGCAUGUUCGUCGCCAACGCGGCGGGCGAGUCAUCCUCGGCGGCCGCCAUCUUCGGCGGCAAGCCGUCGGCGCGCGUCGUCGGGCUCGUCAAGAGCUUCGACCGCUUCAACACGGGCAUGCGCGUCGAGGGCAACAUCAAGCGCGUCGAGUAUCUCCGCGGGUUGGCGCACCUGCACCACGCCAUGCGCGAGCACGGGUGCCGGUACGGGUUUAUCCUAACCGAGAUCGAGCUGGUGUUUGUGCGGAACGGGACCGAGGGCACGCCGCAUUUCGGGUUCCUCGAGGUCGGGUCUGUGCAGCUCGCUGCUGCCGCCUCUCAUGACGAUGAUGAGAGUGAUGGGGGUGUGGUCGAGCCCGAGCAGGCGCAAAUGACGGCGUGUCUGGCGCUGUGGGGGCUGUGCAUGCUCGCGGGCGACGAGUCCAUGCCCGGGAACGCGCACUGGAAGGCCGAAAUUGGCGCGCCCGCCGACGGGACGCGGCGCAAGGCGCUGCCUAGGGACGCGUGGAUGCCGCAGCCGCAGCUGGCUGAGAAGAGGGAGGCCAAGAGGGCGAGGGGGUGGAUCCUGCCGGAGUGUCCUGUCGGGCGCAAGGAGGUGGGCAAGAGGGGGGUUAAGUAUGGCGCUUGUUGA